AUGGCGAUUACAGACAAGUCCAAAGAAGGCGGCAUCACAUUUGCGGGCCAGGAUGAACUCGCCAAAUUGCCCAUCCCGGACCUGGAGAGUACCUGCCAGAAGUACCUUGCUGCCUUGAAGCCGCUCCAAGGGCAGAGGGAACAUGCAGAAACAAAGAUGGCCGUUCAGGAGUUCUUGAAAUCAGACGGACCGGAUCUCCAAGAGAAGCUACAGCAGUAUGCAGUGGGUAAAACCAGCUACAUAGAGCAGUUUUGGUACGACUCAUAUCUCAACUUCGAUAACCCUGUUGUCCUCAACCUGAACCCGUUCUUCCUACUCGAGGAUGAUCCUACCCCUGCGAGGAACAAUCAGGUCACCCGCGCGGCAUCUCUCGUUGUGUCGGCAUUAGAGUUCGUACGAGCGGUCCGUCGAGAAGAAUUGCCUCCGGACACCAUCAAGGGACGACCUUUGUGUAUGUAUCAGUACUCUCGACUGUUUGGCACUGCUCGGGUCCCCACAGAUCACGGCUGCCAGAUCGAACAAGAUCCCGAGUCCAAACAUAUUGUGGUGCUUUGUCACGGCCAGUUCUAUUGGUUUGACGUACUUGAUGACAACUCAGAUCUUAUCAUGAGCGAAAAGGAUAUUUCGAUCAAUCUGCAAACCAUAGUCGAUGAUGCUACGCAAAUGCCAAUUCAAGAAGCCGCCAAGGGUGCACUAGGGAUUUUGAGCACGGAGAAUAGGAAGACGUGGUCCGGAUUGAGAGAUAUACUCACCAGAGAAGAGGGGUCUAACAAUGCAGACUGUCUGGGCAUCGUCGACUCUGCCUUAUUCAUGCUCGAUUUGGAUUACACGGAACCAGAGACUGCGGCCGCGUUAUGUCAAAAUAUGCUGUGCGGCACGAACGAGGUUGUCAAAGGCAUACAAAUCGGCACAUGCGUUAACCGCUGGUAUGACAAACUCCAGAUUAUCGUCUGCAAAAACGGCAGUGCCGGUAUCAACUUCGAGCAUACCGGUGUGGACGGCCAUACUGUGCUUCGAUUUGCUAGCGAUCUAUACACAGACACGAUUUUGCGUUUCGCGAGGACCAUCAACGGCAAGGCACCGAGUCUCUGGAAGACCACAAGUCCAGAUCCGUCAAAGAGGGACCCCGAGAGCUUCGGAGAUGUCAACGCGACCCCCCACAAGUUGGAAUGGGAUAUGUCACCGGAGCUCAGAAUCGCCGUGCGAUUCGCAGAGACAAGACUCGCGGAUCUGAUAAGUCAGAACGAGUUUGAAUGUCUAGACUUCAGCGGCUAUGGCAAGAACUUCAUCACCUCGAUGGGCUUCUCGCCCGAUGCUUUCGUGCAGAUGGCUUUCCAGGCCGCCUAUUAUGGUUUAUACGGCCGAGUCGAGUGUAGCUACGAGCCAGCCAUGACCAAGGUCUUCCUUCAUGGCAGGACGGAAGCUAUCAGACCCGUGACGGAGGACUCGGUGAACUUUGUCCAGACAUUCUGGGCUGACCACCCGGCCGAGGCAAAGGUUGAGGCGUUGCGAAAAGCAUGCGAACAGCAUGUCACGAGCACCAAGAUGUGCGCCAAGGCAGAAGGUUGCGACAGGCAUCUGUAUGCGCUUUUCUGCUUGUGGCAGCGGUCCCUCGACGAAGAAAACAGUCGUUCUCCAAGCAGCACAGGAUACUCGAGCCCACUAGAGAGCAACUCAGAGCAUGGGUCAGUGGUUGGAAGCCCGGGCAGCGAAUCCGGGAUGGCGAUGGGCGCCGAUAUCAAGGCACGUGGCCGCGGUGACAGCACCAACUCCCGCGCAAGGGACUCGCACCCGGUCCCGCACAUUUUCGCCGACCACGGCUGGGACAAGCUGAACCAGACGAUCCUGUCGACGUCCAACUGCGGCAACCCGUCCCUGCGUCAAUUCGGUUUCGGGCCGACGUCGGCCGACGGGUUCGGCAUCGGCUACAUCAUCAAGGACGAGAGCAUCAACAUCUGCGUCUCGAGCAAGCACCGGCAGACCAAGCGGUUCGUCGACACGCUCGAGAGCUACCUGCUCGAGAUCCGGCGCGUGCUGCGCAUCACUAACCGCAAGUCGACGAGCACGAAGCAGAGCCGCGCGCGCGAGAUCGACAUCAGCAAGGUCAAGGCGAACAGCCGGCUCAAGGCCCGCGGCCGCAUGAUCACGGGCACCGAGGGCCUGAGGGCCCAGGCCAACAAGUCGUCGACGGGGACCCGGUCGCCGACCGACGAGAGCCUCACAAUGAGCGAGGAUGAUGAGCUGGGCGGCUAUGGAUUCUUCGACGCUGGCAUGCUCCUGCAAGCCCUGAAGGCGCGCGGCCAAGCCUUCGAUCAGGGAGAGUCGAAGGCAUCUGAAAGGGCGGCUGCGAAUGCGAGGAGGAGGGAUGUAGGCAAGAAGUUGCGGCUUGUCGAGUAUUGA